CCAUUGGAGGACCUCACGACGAAAGUACAGAGCGAAGACCGAUUCGAUAAUUAUCCAUUACGAGCUAGAAUUUCGAUAUUCUCUCUGAAAUCGGUAUUUUCAAACCCUGCUACCGGCGAGAAGGGACAUUUGUGAAUUAACUUUUAGGAAGAGCGCACUCGGAGGCAGUGUUUGGGCCUGAGUCAUGGCCUCGCUCGGUGGCUUCGUCGAGUUCUUCCAAAAAGGGAAAUUACAUCCAAAGAAAACCUUCAGGCCAAAGAAGAAAUUUGAGCCUGGGACUCUCAAGUACUCACUACACAAGCAGGCGCAGGCGUCGCUCAGCUCGGGAAUCAACCUGCGUUCGGUGGUCACUCUGCCGCCGGGAGAAGAUCUCAAUGACUGGAUUGCCGUACAUGUGGUGGAUUUCUUCAACCGAAUCAACUUGAUAUACGGGACAGUAUGUGAAUAUUGUACGGAGAGUUCCUGCCCGACCAUGUCUGGGGGACCCAAAUUUGAAUACUUGUGGGCCGACGGUGGGAAGUACAAGAAGCCGACAGCCCUCCCCGCACCACAAUACAUAUCACACCUCAUGGAUUGGGUAGAGACGCAGAUUAAUGAUGAACACACUUUCCCAGUCACUGUUGAUGUGCCCUUCCCAAAAGCCUUCAUUCCUUUGUGUAAGAAGAUUCUUACACGUCUCUUCAGGGUUUUUGUCCAUGUAUAUAUCCAUCACUUUGACCGCAUUGUGGCUAUUGGAGCCGAAGCCCACGUCAACACCUGUUACAAGCAUUUUUAUUACUUCAUCACCGAGUUCGACCUAGUUCCCCAGAAGGAGUUUGAACCUCUCAAAGAUAUGACUGCCAAGAUUUGUCAUGACAACCCAGAACCUCCAAUAGAAUCCAACCACAGAAGACACCAAAAAUACCAAAGCAGACUGCGUAGAGGUGCUUAUCUUCCCCGAUUGGUUUCCGUAUACAAGUAACAGACACAUAAAUACAUGGCUCUGACAAAACUAUAUAUCCUUUCCCUCAACGUCACUAAUCAACACUUGAUCCUAAUAGAACCACUUAUUAAUGGCUAGAAAGCUUUUUACGUUUUGUAGAGAAAUGUUGCUGUGGAUCACAUAUUACAUGGACAUACAGGGUACCAUGAAAAGGGUCAACAACUUUAGUACAUAUUUUUGCUUGUGUAUGUAGUCUUUUUUUUCUGGAGGCGAAUAGAAUCACUUCAUAUUAUUGAAUAUGAUUUCUGCUAUCCUUUUUAUAAAGAGAUCUGUUUAUUACAAAACUGUGUAUUGAGAUUCUAUUAAGCAUUAUUGUUUGCCAUUGAUAUUACUAUAUUUUGUAUGUACAAAUGGAUUCACAUCUCUUUCAUAAUAAACAACUUUUAUUGUCUUUGUUAAAUUUAAUAGCUUAUUAAUUAUCCAUUGUAGAAUUAAUUCUUAGUUUGUACUUACUUGUAGGCCACAUCAUCAUUUAUGUAGUUCUGAAUUGGAGUUUUCUUGCAAGUACAAUUACAAAAUUUUGUUUUGGUCAUGUGUCAAAUUUAGUUCAGUAAAUCAUUUUUAACAUAUAUUUUUAUCUUUUAUCUAUGUCAUAUUUCCUUUUAAGUUACUUAUUGAUUAUAUAACAUUUGAUAACAAGUGCUUUUUAUGAGUGGUCUGAUACCUCAAAUAUUGGUUUUGUUUUGAUCCUGUAAAGGUUUUGACAGUGCAUUUUCCUAAAAUAACAAAAUUUAAACCAUCCGAGAAGGGUAUCAUUCUAGUAUUAUUUUUCUUUUUAUUAUUAUGUAUUAUUUUUACAAUUUCACGUCAGAUAUUUGGUAAAAAGAUACAUAAUAUAAUAUGAUAUGGAUUUAGAAAUUUGGAGUAGUUAGUUGUAUGUGUUUAGUUUCUUAGAUAGUGAAAGAGUGUAGAAAAUGAAGUCAUUACAUAUUUCAUUGAUUUAAAGUGUUUUGUUUUGUAGGAUAUAAGUGCCUGUUAGUAUGAAAAUUAGCAACUCUUAAUAGGUAUGAAAAGGUGAAAAUAUCAAAUUGAAAGAAAAUCUACGUCUGCUAAUCUGUGAAGUGUAUCAGAUAUCCAUGCAGUAAAUAAGUUGCUUUGCAGGGGAUAGGUUCUUGUGUUUUAUGAUGUAUUUGUUGAUAGGAUUUUGUGCAGUGACUUGUUAAGGAGAGGUCUACAUUGUCAGAGAAUACAUUAUAGCUUCAUCUGUGUUUAUCUUGAAUGAGUGAAUGGAGCUAAGCUGUACUGCUGUCUUCCCCCCUGGAGUUUUUACUCUUGCACUCUCUCUGUAGCCUUAGAAAUAGGUGCUCUGAUAAUACAGACCUGGCUUUGUUGGAGUUGAGGUAUGGUAGGGAAUAUUGAUGCAAAUUUCUUUUUAUCAAAGUCCAAAGGUGAUUGUGAUAUGAUUGUCAGCUUACAGGUAAGUAGUAGUUACUCGACUGAAGUUCUUUGUUAAUCCUGUAGUUAUUUUUUUUUUUUUUUUUUUUUUUUUUUUUUUUUUUUUUUUUUUAUGAAUUAGUAAUUUAUAUUGGAAGUAAGUAUCAAAUUUUUGUCUGUCAUUUAUUUCAUGCCAUAUGUGUACUUUAAAAAAAUUAUAUACUUUAUAUCUCUUCCAUGCAGGUGUUUAUUUCACAAUGGCCAUUUUAGUUUUCAAUAAUAUCAGUAAAAACAUUGUGUUUCCUUAUACAUCCAGCAGUUCAGGAAGGUAAAGCCAUUUUAAGUUCAUUCAGAAUUCAUAAGGCUUUUACUUUUUGUUCUUAUUUACCUUUUUACCAAUUUUUAUGAUUUUAUAUCCAUUACAUCCCAAAGUAGCAGUUCUGGUAAUUCUGGGUCUGUGAUUUGUCUUUACCUAAGAACACAUAAAAUAGAUUAACCCAAAAAAUACUGAAUAUGGAAUUCAAUUGUACUGGAACAUGUCCCCAAACAUGAAGAAUGCUUACCUUUGCCCCUGGUGUUUGGUAAAGGAAUGUUUCUUAGGUUUUGUCACAACCAGUAAUUGUAAUUUUAGCCAUACCUUUGAAGAGACCCUGGCAUGUGUCAUAUUGGUUUGUUUAACCUUAGCUGACUUGUGAUUUUUGUUUGUAUGUUCUAAGGAGGAGCUAAGCAUAAGCUCAGGGAAUCAUGCAGAAGGGGAAAGGGUGUCCAGUUUUCUCUUAAUACAGAUCAAGGCAAAGAUGAAACUUUUCCGUCAGAUUAUGGAUUUCGAGGUUUGAAAAAAUGCUGCAAGGCUAGUAUGGUAGCUGUGUAGUCGAUUCCUGAAUAUAAAUGAUACGUUUGGUGUUAACUUGGUAAUUGUUUUAAAAUAGAUGGCAAUAUUAUGUUUUAUUGACUAAUAUAACUGUAUGUGAAGUUUCCAUGACUGGAAAAAUGCUUUGCCAUUACCUGCUAAUGCACUGCAUUGAUAUUCAACUUGUUUAUCAUAUUGUUCAGUAAAUUGAUUUAUCAAAUUUAAACAGUUUCUUAAA